UUUCCCAAUAAGGGCUGCGCAGGCGCACUUCUUUCCAUUUUUUUUCUUGUUUUGGUUAGUUUUUCAUGCGAAACUUGCGUAGGAUAAGCGUUGCACAGCAGUGCCCGUGGCGUACCCUGGUAAAACUUCGUAAAUCCUGCGUCCGCUGCCCCGUGGAUAAAUGCAAUGCCUCUCACGGAGUCUGCGCAACGCAGCCGGACAAUUUUUUACGAAGUUUUCUGCAUCCGGGCUCUUCAUACAAAGAAAAAAAAAAACGAAUCGUUUUCCGUCGCCGAACUGGAUUUCUAGUGAUUGCCGAGUAUCCUGUUGUGGAUCCUGAUUCUCCUUGGAUAGAGAGCUGGGCGCUGGUUCUGAAUUCUGUGUUCUCUCUCUCUCUCUCACUAUGUGUGUGUUUGUAUAUGUCUCAAAAGGUUUUCAGCAUUAUCUUGAGAACAGUUAACCGAAUUGUGGUGAAACUUGGUACAGACAUUCUUUGCCACGUUGUGGUGCCAAUUCUAGUUAGAGGGGGGUUGGAGUUUGAAUAAAGACAGAUGCGAAUUGUUACCGGGGCUGCAAGUUUUUCAAAACUUUCAAUCGGGAUUAACAGUGAUCCGGAUUAUGUUUUCUGAUAUUCUGUGUUCCAGAUUUCUUUUAUCUGGAUCGUUUUGUCAAUGCUGGAUUAUUUCUAUCCACAUUACAAAUAAUUACAAUUACGAAAUUCGUUUUGCUAUUAAAGGAAUUUCAUUCACAAUAUAGAGGAUAACAAAAUAAUCCAGGUCACUUGAUCUAGAUUAUGUUUUGAAAAACCAGCCCCAGGUAACCACGGUGAUAACAGUCGGGUCAUUCCCCACACCUGUGUUUCCUUGCAGACAGGGGGCUGAUGAAACAGGAGGCUGAGCCGGGCAGGUGAGGAGGAGGAGGAGGAGAGAGAGAGAGAGAGACAGACACAAUGUCGGCGUUUCACCAAGGCAACAGCAGCGUGCUCCGAGCCAAGCAGCUGUACAAGAAGAGGAAGUCUCGCUUCUCGUACAGCGAGAUCAAACUGCUGCUGGAGGAAGUGCGGAAGCACAGGCACAUCGUUGUAGGCAAGUUCAACCACGGCGUGCCGUCGAACCUGAAGAAACGCACGUGGGCCGACAUCACGGCCCGGAUCAACGGGGUGAGCCAGUGCCCCCGGGAGAUCAUCGAGGUCAUCAAGAAGUGGUCGGACAUGAAGUGCGACGUGAAGCGACGGCUGGCAGCGAGGUGCGCGGGGGGCGGAGAGGGGCCGGAGGAGCUGACCCCAGUGGAGGCCAUCAUCCACCAGAUCCUGGAGCUCACCAGCACGCGGCAGCGCCACCCGCCCCAGCAUCGAGCCUCCUCCCUGGGCAGAGGCCUCGGCGCCAGGGCUGGCAUCAGGGACAAAGAGGGAGCGACGGCAAGCGCCGAUUCGGUCAGUGUUCCCGCCAGCGCUGCUGCUGCUGCGGCUGAGAGUUUUGUCACAAGCCUGCCUGAGAUGCCUCUGCUGUCACCUGCACAGAAUCCAGCCCCAACUCCCAUGUACUGCAUUGCAUCGCGGCAAGAAUCCACAGCGUCCUCUUAUGAGCUACAAUAUGAAAUCCAGACUAUCGAGGAUGAGGAUGUGGAGUCGAUCGAUUUGACAGGAGAGGAGAUCGGAGUCGAGGAAUCCAGACCUUCCCUGCCCUCGUCUUCCGCGCCCCCUGCUGAGGAGGGCACCCCUCUCCUGGGGGGCUCACACAGAAGGGGAGCCCCCGCCCCCCACCCCAGCCUGGCCCACCGGGGCGGUGUGAGCACACGCGAGGAGAUCGUGCGCAACGCAGCCCAGAGCGUGCAGGAGCAGCGCACCUCCAACGAGCUCCUGCGGUCUGUGUCGCGCUCCAUGGAGCUGCUCUCCGAGUCGCUGCAGCAGGCAGUGGAGACCCAGCAGGACUUCGUGCGCGACUCCCUGGCCCUGCAGAGGGAAUCCCUGCAGGUGCUGAGGGACUUUGCCAGCGCGGCCCUCACGACCUUGCAGGAGAAGCUGAACGGACACCCCGCCCCACGGCGCUGACACACGCUGCCCGCCACGACCCACCAGCUGAACUGCACCCAGCCCUGGGGUUCAGAACUCCCCUCAAUGAUGUAUAUUAACACUGAAAUGAUCAGGAGCCAGGAGUUUGAGCAGGGUUAGAAACUCACACUAGCCCUGCUGCUGCUGCACCCAGUCCUGGGGUUCAGAGCUCCCUUCAAUGAAGUCUAUUAUUAUUAAUAUUGAAAUGAUCAGGAGCCAGGAGUUUGAGCAGGGUUAGAAACUCACACUAGCCCUGCUGCUGCUGCUGCUGCUGCACCCAGUCCUGGGGUUCAGAACUCCCCUCAAUGAAGUCUAGUAUUAUUAUUAUUAUUAUUAUUAUUAUUACUAAUAUUGAAAUGAUCAGGAGCUAGGAGUUUGAGCAGGGUUAGAAACUCACACUAGCCCUGCUGCUGCUGCUGCUGCUGCACCCAGUCCUGGGGUUCAGUUGGUUUAGGUAUAUUAUUGAAAUGAUCAGGAUCCAGGACUGGGCAACUGUGAAAACGUUGUUUCGGUACACCCCUGAGCACUGUGAACAAAGUGACUUUCUAAUGCAUUUUCUUCCCUCUUGUUCGCUCCACGGUCAUGCUCGCUGACCCUCUUUUAAAGGAGUGCUGAGCGAGGCUUUCGGAUGCAUUUUCUUACAAGGGACGUGUUCUUAACCCUUGAGUAUUACGAACAUUAGCAUCACUGGGCACCUCAUUUAAAGAAGUGCUAUCACUGAUCUGCUGUAGUGAACUGACCCAGGAAUCUUCACAGUCACAACGAUUCCCCCUGCCCCCCCCCCUCCCCCUCCCCCUCCCCCUCCCCCUCCCCCCAGAACGCUAACCGCGGCUUUCAAAUGCGUGUUCUUAACUGUCGCUAGCGCUACGUGCAUUAUCACUGCCCCCACCCCCCUUUUCAGGAGUGUUAACCAAAACUUUCACCUCAGUUUUGGACAGGAUGGCAUUUUACAUUGCCUUAAAUACAUUGUUUGUAAACUUACUUUCUGCUGUUUCUAAAACUGUGACUUGAGUCUGAUUUUUUUAUUUGUUUGUUUAUUUAUUUAGCGGCAUUCAGCAACUAUAUACUGUAUAUGUGUGUGUGUAUG